GACAAGCUACUUCCUCCCAAAGGCUCAAGGAGAACUCAGCCGCUGCACCUGCACAUGGAGUUUCUGGUCUCUGCUGCGGCAAGUGAUCUUAUCAGCCGAUUCAUCUCUUCGGUAGCGCAAAAUUACAGCAACCAUGCAAGCAAGGCGGAUGAUCGCGCAAGGCUGGAACGCGUCUUGCUGAGGAUGCACUCUGUCGUCGAGGAAGCAGAUGGGCGCCACAUCACAAAUCGAGGAAUCCUCCUGCAGCUGAAGGGACUCAUGGAGGGAUUCUACGUCGGAUGCUACAAGCUCGACAAGAUCAAGUUCCAACCACCACCUGAAGAAGAAGAGGGCAUCGAAGAUGAGGUGAGCCAUGAGGUUCAGUCUGCUUUUAAGCGAUUUCGUUUUGCUGAUGCCAUAAGAAAACACACACCAGUAGCCUUUGGUAGCAGGAGCACAAGAACCCUGAAAGAUGUUGUUGAAGGUUUAGAGACCAAGAUUGCAGAUAUGAGAGAAUUCGUCAUACUCCUUGGCAGCUAUCCUUGUGUGCCUCGCCAGCCUUACAGUACGUUUCUGUUCAUGGAGCAGUGUAUGUUUGGUCGCCGUGUUGAGAAAGAGCAAGUCAUCAAUUUCUUGCUUUGCAGUGAUCCCCAUGAACCAUUUGUCAGUGUUCUUCCUAUCAUUGGACCACGAAAUAUUGGAAAGAAAACUCUUGUGCAGCAUGCAUGCCAGGAUGAGCGGGUGCGCAACUUUUUCUCCCACAUACUUUUCUUUAAAGAAGAUGAUCUGAAGAUCGGAGAGCUCUCGGUUAACUCCAAGGCUUCUCCAGGGAAGUAUUUGUUUGUGAUUGAGUUCAUUUGGGAUGUUGUGGAUGAGGCAGCAUGGACAAAAUUUCAAUCAUACUUACAGAACAUGAAAGCUACCGGAAUUAAGGUUGUAGUCCUAAGUAGAACGGAGGACAUUGCAAAGUUUGGGACAUCCCAACCCAUCAGGCUGAAGAGGCUGUCUGAAGAAGGGUACUGGUACUACUUCAAGGCACUUGCAUUUGGAAGUAUGGAUCCUGAUGAACACCCAAGGCUAGCAUCUCUGGCCAUGCAGGUGGCUAAUGAGAUGAAUGGAUCAUUUAUUGGUGCAACUAUAAUAGGAGACGUUCUAAGAGCUAAUCCGAACACUCAACUCUGGAAGAGAAUGUUGCUGAUGCUAACACAGCUGAGACAAAAGCACAUGUCUUCCAGUGGCUUGCACCCUACCGAUCUUCUGGGAAGAAAUAUCCCUUAUGAUUUCAGUUUGGGUGGCCAAGUUCAAGAUUAUCUGGUCUAUGAUCUUAGGGUGGCUGACCCUGCACAAAGUGAGCUGCCAAAUUGGACAUGGCGAGAGAUGCUGCUGGGUGGCGACGUUCCUGUCGAAGAUAAGUUUGAUGUGCUCAUAUGGAAAUCUCGCAUUCCACCCUACUGUGCCUACAUAGUUACUCAUGAGAAACGGAAACCACGGUGUAGUGUUGGCAAGAGGAAACAUCUAGCACUGAGGAAAUAUAAGCAGAAAUCUUGAUUGAGGGGGAAAAAAUUUCUACAGUGUCGACAGUGUAGGUUAAAAGUCUGGGUAAUGCCUUGACAGGUUCUAGCAACUACUGAAAGUAGCACAUACUUUGUUGCUGUAUGUUCAAAAGAGAACUGCUGUUGUAUCUGUGUGUAGUUUGGAUAUGUGAAGUGCAGUUAGUUCCUAUUGGUACCCUGACUAGUAUUAUGUGUGUGUGGCAGAAACGUUUUCAAAAAGAAACUUGUAUUUAUGUCAUGUGUAUGACCAGUUUUAAUUUACUACUUUGUGUUUCUGACUACUAUCACCUAUUAUUGGGUCUGUUACAACUCAAUCAGUUUCAGUCCCUUUCCUCAAGCAGUUUUAAU